CACGAGGCAAGGCAUACGAAAUAUAAACUAUAUUGUUGUGAGUCUUGUGGAAAGCAAUUGUCAUCGAAAGAAAAAUUGCAAUUGCAUCACCGAAUGGUUCACGAAAAAGAACGUCCAUUCAAAUGUACCGUUUGCGACCUGAGGUGCAGCUAUGCUAGACAGCUUCGGGUUCACAUGAACACUCACACUGGCGAAAAACCGCAUCAAUGUUAUUUUUGCGAUCGUAAAUAUAGCAAUUUUAGCGAUUUAAAGGAGCAUCUAAGCAAGCAUAUCGGUGACAAAAUUUAUCCUUGUUAUCGCUGUAAGGCGUCUUUCAAGCUGAAGUCAGAGCUACGUGAUCAUUGCGAAGAACACUUCCAGGGAGCUUCUCCAUCGAUGCUCCCAACAGAAGGUGAUUUUCGGUUUGCACUUAAUUAUCUGUUAAGCUUACGAUACCCCAAAUAA